AUGGCGAAUACAGGGACGUACGCAGAUAUAGGCGGCAUCGGCGUUUAUGCCUCGUACAUCACGCAGGUGGCCAUUGUCCUCGCUGCGUGGCUCUACAGCAACGCGCUACUGUUCUUUACCCGCCGUUCCACUUCUCGGAAGCUUGGACAAGACAGCGAUCAAGAGCACGACCAGCAAACUAAUCGCAGAGCACGAAAAGCUAAACUCCAGUACUCGGCACUCGUACACGGUCUCGUAGAGUACCAAAAAGCGCAGUGCUACUUUACCAUCACGCUCCAAGGCGCCUCCAUGCUCGCACUCAGCGGCGAUGGUACGAUCUUCGAAGCCGUAACGUACUCACAGAUCGACAGCGCCAUCUCCCUCCUCGGCGAUGUCGCCGCAACCGCAGUCGUAUGUCUGACGUUUGGAUUAUACAUCUUGCACAAGGCGAGACGGAGAUCCGAAUACGUAACAACCACCACUCUAGUGGCGACCAUCUUCGCUCUCGUCACAUGGAUCCUCACCAGAACAAAGCUCGGAAACCUGCAGCCACGCGCACUUCCCAACACUAACCUACCGUCCUGCGGAGGCCGCGCGACCCCACUGCGAUUCUGCCAUACCGACCGCUCCGUUGUGCUUCCCACAAUGAUCGAAGCGCCGCUCAUCGCCUGCUGUUUGAGCCUGCUGCUCUUCCUCGUAGGCAAGCAAGUCACCAAACCAAUCUCAAAGCUCUACGCCCGCUACACGCAGACGACGCAAAAGCCAUCCAACGACCAACACCGCCUCCCCGCCCGUUCCUCCACUUUGAAUCGACAAUCGUCGUUCUAUCCCGCACUCACCAAAGCACUAUCCUACUACCACUACGCCGCCGAAAUCAUCGUCGUCCUCGCAGCCAUCAUCAUGCUCAUCCGCCUCAUCAACCCUGAUUAUCUUAACAUGAUCUGGUUCCUCAACAGUAAGCCUACCGUCUUCCAUGACCUGCAGGACUCGCAGUGGAGCUUUGGGCAGAUCAUUGCGGUCACCAUAUGGGCGCCGCCACUCAUUGAGUAUGUGCGGUGUGCGAUCAAGGGUGUUGAUGAAGCAAACGAGCAUCGUUUCGUUGCGCCGUAUCGAGUGGUUAAGGUCAAUACAGGACUGAGCAGUGGGACGUCGCAAGAACCAUCAUGA